AUGGGCCUCAUCCGGUGGCCGCUGCCCGUCGCGCUCCUGGCGGCCGCGUCGCCCUUGGCCUGGGCCUUCUACCUGCCCGGCCUGGCGCCGGUCAACUUCUGCGACCUGAGCACGGCCAAGGGGGAAUGCAAGUCUGGAAUAGAGCUUUUUGUAAAUAGACUGGACUCUGUGGAGUCAGUGCUUCCAUAUGAAUAUGCUGUAUUCGAUUUUUGCCAAACGGCUGGAGAAAAACGCCCAUCUGAAAAUCUUGGGCAGGUAUUGUUUGGAGAGAGGAUUGAACCUUCACCGUAUAAGUUUACAUUUAAAAUGGAGGAGAAAUGCAAACCUGUCUGUAAAAAACAAUACGAUCUCAAAAAUGGAGAAGACAAGCAAAAGCUGGAAUUUCUGAAAAAAAGCAUGCUGCUGAAUUACCAACAUCACUGGAUUGUGGACAACAUGCCUGUGACGUGGUGUUAUGAAGUAGAAGAUAAUCAGAAGUUCUGCAAUCCUGGAUUCCCCAUUGGUUGUUAUAUAACUAAAGAUGCAAAGCCCAAAGAUGCCUGCGUUAUCAGUGCAAAGUUUCAUGAACCGGAUACCUUCUACAUAUUCAACCAUGUGGACAUCACAAUAAGUUACCAUGUUGUAGAAAAUGAACAGGCUGGCGCAAGACUUGUAGCUGCUAAACUUGAACCCAAAAGUUUCAAGCAUACAAAUGCUGACAUACCAGACUGCUCAGGACCACCUAUGGAUAUAAGUAACACAGCUACUAGCGGAGUAGUCCAGAUUGCCUACACAUAUUCAGUAAAAUUUGAGGAAAACAAAGACAUCAGGUGGGCAUCCAGAUGGGACUACAUUUUAGAAUCCAUGCCCCAUACACGCAUACAGUGGUUUAGUAUUAUGAAUUCUUUGGUGAUUGUCCUAUUCCUCUCUGGAAUGGUAGCUAUGAUCAUGCUAAGAACUCUACAUAAAGACAUUGCACGAUAUAAUCAAAUGGAUUCUACUGAAGAUGCUCAGGAGGAAUUUGGCUGGAAACUGGUUCACGGUGACAUAUUCAGGCCCCCAAGGAAAGGAAUGCUACUGUCUGUAUUUCUAGGCUCUGGAGCGCAGAUUCUUAUAAUGACUUUUGUUACAUUAUUCUUUGCUUGCCUGGGAUUUUUGUCCCCUGCGAAUCGGGGCGCGCUAAUGACCUGUGCCGUGGUCUUGUGGGUGCUGCUUGGAACACCAGCAGGUUACGUUGCUGCCAGAUUCUACAAAUCAUUCGGGGGUGAGAAAUGGAAGACCAACGUUCUGCUGACAGCCUUCCUUUGUCCUGGUGUGGUGUUUGCGGAUUUCUUUAUCAUGAACCUGAUUCUUUGGGGCGAAGGUUCUUCAGCAGCCAUCCCGUUUGGCACUUUGGUUGCUGUUCUGGCACUUUGGUUCUGCAUCUCUGUACCUUUGACGUUCAUUGGGGCCUACUUUGGUUUUAAGAAGAACGCCAUAGAACAUCCAGUUCGUACCAACCAGAUCCCUCGCCAGAUUCCUGAACAGUCAUUUUAUACAAAACCCUUGCCUGGCAUCAUUAUGGGAGGGAUCCUACCCUUUGGAUGCAUCUUCAUACAGCUUUUCUUCAUUCAGAACAGCAUAUGGUCUCAUCAGACGUAUUACAUGUUUGGAUUCCUGUUUCUGGUGUUCAUCAUUCUCGUCAUCACAUGUUCUGAGGCUACCAUCCUACUUUGCUAUUUCCACUUGUGCGCAGAGGACUACCAUUGGCAGUGGCGCUCAUUCCUCACCAGCGGCUUCACUGCUGUUUACUUUCUUAUAUAUGCAGUACAUUAUUUCUUUUCCAAACUCCAAAUUACGGGUACGGCAAGCACCAUCUUAUACUUUGGCUACACGAUGAUAAUGGUGUUGAUCUUCUUCCUUUUUACAGGAACAAUUGGAUUCUUUGCAUGCUUCUGGUUUGUGACCAAAAUAUACAGUGUGGUAAAAGUUGACUAAAGAAACUGUCACGUACAAUACCGGAGCUAUCAGUAACCUAAUUUAAAGACACAGUCUUGGAGAAUUUAAGCUUUAUCUGAAGUAUUGGCUUCUGUGCUUUGCGAAUGAUACAGAAUUAUAAAAACCUUUCCCCCCGGAAACAUUUGUAUUGUGACUUUACAAUCUGUUUUCACUUGAUGGUUCUUAAUGAAGAUUGAAGUUAAAUAUUGUAUGCUUUUGUAAAUAUUACUAUACUAGAAAUUUUAAAUUCUAAUGAGAGGUUAGAUGUGACUGCAUUGCGGAAUUUAACUAUACUAAAUAAAGUGUGGUUGUAAAUAGGG